AUGGAUCCAAUCAGAACUGCACCCGGUAAUCAGGAUUCCCAUCCCCCUAUCUUGGAUUACCGAGGACCCUUGGCUCUCGCCACCAACAACCUUCCCUGUGGAGAACUUUCCACCAAUAGAAAACGGCUAGUCUUGUGUGAUACUGAGAAUGGCACUUGGUCUUCAACUUCAGUCGUCUACAUUUUGAAUCAUGAAACCUCGGAUCCUGAACUGCCAAACAGUCGAAUUGAUGGUCUCUGCUCAUUAUCCCUGGGAUGGAAAAUUCGGUCCAUGUCACAGGAGAAUGACAUGCCCAAGCCAUCACCCUUUUCAACUUCCCCUGACGACGUGCCCACGGCACCACUCCUCACUAUCCGGUUAAGCAGGCUUCUUGCCAACGGUAUGGAGAAGCCGUACACCAUAUUCGAUCUCAUAGAGCGGUUCUACUCGCUUUCUCUAGAAGAGAAGAUAAAGGAGGAUUCCGCGGCCGAAGGUAGCUAUUUUGGAUAUAAAGGGAUGGAAGCUGAGGCUAUAGAUGGUAAAGGGACUCUUGAUAAUAAUGAGAUCUACAAGGCGAGCACCACCACUUCGCAUAUAGCCGAUGUCUCAAAAGACGACAUCCUCUCACUAACUCCUUCUAUUCCUGCCCCACCUAUCAUAGCCACAAAUCGCAACCCCCUAAUCUACUACAUCCACGCCAACAACGCCAUCCUAACAACCCUCUUCUCCUCCCUCCCCACCUCUCCCAACCUCCCAUUCUCUCCACCGCCACACCGUAUCUUCAGGGUGCCAUAUUCGCUUCAUCCGUGCAUCUCCCCAACCUCAAUCCCCCCAACCAACCUUCAGUCCUCCUUCCAGACACCUCGUCUUGGGCCUACGUCCGCCCCAUGCCCGGCUGCACGAUCAUCUCUCUUGGGGAUAUGCGAUGGUGAAGUUCCGGGCGGGGAACUUGAGGAGAUUAGUGGAUACGAGGUAGUGGUUGGAGAGGAGACAUCAAGGGAGGAAGAUCCAGUUUUCCAAGGGUGCGGAGAGUUAGCAGAACGCAGUGGGGACAGAGGGAGCGAUGCUUAUCUAACAAUAGAGCCAACAGCUCUCAUCAUUAUUGCCAAUGGCACACGGUAUUCUACGAUCACAAUUUCAUAUAGCAGUUCGUAG